AUCCUCCACCUCCACAACACCCACACCACCCUAACCCUCACCGAACCCUCCCUCCUCCGCAACCCCAGCGCUAGCUCAUCCACUCCCAGCCCCCAAACCCAGACCCCCAAGCUCAACCUCCCCCACCUCGACCACCUCACCGCCGCCCUCACCGCCACAAAAGCCUGGCUCGACACCUUCCUCACCAUCCCGCCCGCCGAGUACAGCGGCUUCCCCUUCACCGUCUUCGCGCAGCUGGCCCGCGCCCUGGCGGCGCUGUGGCGGCUCGCCACGCUGGCGGAUCCGCUGUGGGAUCGCGGCGGUGUGCGACGCGCGGUGGAUGUGGUGGGGGUGUUGGAUCGCGUGGUCGGGAAUCUGGGGCAGGCGGCGGCGUUGGCGCGGUUGGAGGGGGGUAGGAGGGUUUUCGGGGACGAGGGGGAUGAAGAGGAGGAAGUGGAUGAGGGGGAGGUGUUUUUUCAGUCGGUGGGGAAGUAUGAGGCUAUGCGGUUGGUUUGGGAACGGAAGUUGGGGUUGGGCGGGGAUGCUGGUGCUGGUGGGGGUGGGGGUGGAGGGGGUGAGGCGGUGCUGGUGCUGGUGCUGGUGCUGUAG